AUGUCGAAAAUAGUUGACCUAGCAACCCCUUUCGCAAAUCUUCCUGUUGUACCUGCAUGCCUACAACAUCCUUCAAAUGUGGGACCUGGUUUGAUUCUGCUUAGCGAAAAACUAAACAUUUCACCCUCAAUUAAAGCAGAGGCAGACGAGUUUUGUGAGGAUGGAUUCGUCACAUUGAUUCCUGAUCUUUCAGAAAUCCAUGGACAAGACAGGAUCAUGCUAUACUUGUCCUGCGCAUUUGAAAUCUUGGAAGAUAUUAGAUUAUUGUGUGGUGUCGGAUAUCUACCUACAAGCGAUUCGGUCGUUGAAAAAAGGAUAGAAGACAUUAACAUACCAUUCGCACUUCAUCUUCCACAAUCAACACCGAAAAAGUUGCUUGAUCGUUGUAACAUUUUGAGUCACAUCAAGGUUUAUACGUAUCCAUUAGCAAAACCAGACUCUUCUGAAACGGAAACGCCCACGUUGAAUCACGCUCAUAAAGAUCUCGCAUAUAAUCGAUCGUUGAGUUUAUUAAAGACUGUCAUGGGCAAUAAAUACGACUUGUCACAGCUGUGGGAUCAACAUUGCCAAUUUGAAUUUGAGGAUAAAGAUGUGAAGAAGACCUUGGAUACUAUGGUUGAUGAACCAUAUGUUAAUCAUGUCCCGACGAUGACUGGUGGCUGUGGCAAGAAAGCCUUGAUGGAAUUUUAUGCCCAUCACUUUAUUCCCUGUAAUCCGCCCUCGACCAAAAUAACACCCAUCACUCGCUCGGUAACCUCUACUCGCGUAAUAGACGAGUUUAUCUUUUCUUUUACUCACACUUGCGAAAUGGACUGGUUACUUCCAGCCAUUGCCCCUACCAACAAAUAUGUAGAAAUUCCAAUGAUAGCAAUAGUUGAAUUUCAUGGAGAUAAAAUCGCGUGUGAGCGUAUAUAUUGGGAUCAGGCGAGUGUUUUAUUGCAAGUGGGACUGAUAGAAAAAGUUGACCACGUAAUACACGGGCAGGAGCAGGCAGAUAAGGUCAUGGAGUAUAUUAGCAGUCGCGAGAACAAGUACGAGGAAGAUCGAGGAAACAUGAGAAAAUAG